AACAGAUUCCCUUGAAUUUUGAGUACACACACAUACACAACUCUCUCUGCAUCUCUCUGCUACACACAUACACCGACACACACACACACACACACACCACACAUACAAACAAAAGUACACAGGAUACACAUAAAGUCAUACAUAAUAAAAAAUUAUGAGUAAUCCAGGCAAAAAAACGCCAUUAAAAUUUGUCCAUCAUCCAGAUAGUUUUUUUGGCUGGCAAUUGCUUUACAACUCCGUACGCCAUAGCCUAUGCAAGAAUUCCGAUAUGCUAAUUGUUCUGGCCCAUUUUCUGUUCACCAAGCAAUACAAUUUCCGUAUUGUGAAUGCAGACGCCGAGACGAUUGAGGGAAAGGAGGACCCCCAACCGGCAACACUACGACAAUUGGCUAGCAGCAAUGACAAACGGAGUGAAUUAUUGCCAGAGGAUUGGAAUCAAGAUGCCCAGAAAUAUGCAUUGCAUUACAUGGAUGACGCCAAUCAACGGUAUGUGCUAUUGGCCAAAUUGACACGCAACGAUCUGGUUAUUAAUCUGCAGAACUCGACAAGCAAACGUAUGUCGAUCACGUGUCUGCAACCAAAAUCACUUGUCUGUUGCAUCCAUUCGCCAUCUAUUAGCCACACUAUACCCGAUGCCAAGAGCAUUCUAAUGCAAUUGCGUAGAGAUCUCGUCGAUCCAGUUGUGCACGGCAUCCGGAAACCAAAUCCAAUUACUUAUCCAAAUCAAUCCCAAACGAUUGGCGAAGACGAGACCGACAACAAAUCUGAGUCUCUAUAUUCGUUGCGCGAAAGCGAUGCAGAACCAGAGCAAAGCAAAUCGAACACCACAAUGGCGGUUUAUAAGAGCCUUAAGUCGGUGACAAGUCUGGACUCUGUUUAGAUCCGGCUAACCUUUACGUCAACGUGAAAUUUAACUGGAGAAGAUCAAUGUUCAUGAUAAUUGUGGUCCAUUAAUCAAUCAAUCAAUUAAAUAAUUUCCACUUAAGUACUA